CAUGAAUCAUCUCUCUCUCUCUCUCUCUCUCUCUCUCUCUCUCUCUCUACCAAAUCUCUCAACCUCUGCUCUUUAAGUCAUUUUCAUUUUCUUCUGGGUUUUGCAAAUUUCACUCGUAAAUGGCACAGAAACACUUGAGAGAGCUUCUGCAAGAAGAACAAGAACCAUUUCAGCUCAAGCACUUCAUCGCCGACCGUUGUUUUCAGAUCCGACAACCAUGUCGGAAAACCGAUUUGAAGGCCAAGAAACGAAAGCCCAUCUCCGGAAACCCUGGAUUCCCUUCGAAUCUCUGCGAGAGCUCGUGCUUUUCCUCUGGUCUUAAUUCAUCUCCUGAGCUCAGAUCGCCGGGAAAUCGCCAGAACCGCUUUUACAUACAGGUUCCGGCGACAACUGCAGCGAUUCUCCUUGAAGCCGCGGCGAAGAUUCAGAAGCAGCCGUCGUCAUCGAAGAACGCGAAAUCGAAGACACGAAACAGAGGAAACGCGUUCGGGUUAUUCGGGUCCGUCUUCAGGCGGCUCACGGACCGGAGAGCCGAAACGCUGUUUCCUGAGGUGAAACUGCGAUUGCAGAACGCGGAGGUGGAGGGAGAUUCGUUCUCCACGCGGACAAACGCGGUUUUUUCAGAACGCGUGAGGGAUAGCGAUUCAGAACCGUCGAGCAGCAGCCAACGCGGAGAGAGUUUCGAGGUUAGAAACGCAGACGCUGGAUAUUUCAGCGUCUGCGAUAGCCCUUCAUCCUCCUCCGGCGAGCAAACUCCCCAUUUCACGUCUCCGGCCACGUCGCCGACGCUCCGCAUUACAGAGGUCGACGAGACAGUGAGUUUGAAAGAACAAGAACGUGAAGAAGACAAUGAACAAUGUAGUCCUGUCUCUGUUCUUGACCCUCCUAACGAUAAGGACGAGGACGAGGACCUCGAUCUCGAUCUCGAAUGCAGCUUUGAAGCAGUACACAGAGCAAAGCAGAGACUGCUCGAGAAGCUUCGUAGAUUCGAGAAACUAGCGAAAUUGGACCCAAUGGAGCUCGAAAGGAAGCUCUCGGAACAAGAAGAAGAUGAAACCCUAACAUUAUACGACUCCGAGGAAGAUUUAGGCGGAGGUUUCAGGGGAACGGAGGAAGAAUCGAUCUCACGGGAUGACGACCAGAAGAAUGAUCAUCGAGGUGGAAGCGAAUGUCGGAGAUGGAGAAUGAUAAAGGCGUGGAAAGGAUUCAAGUUCGGGUUCGGAUUCGAAAGCAUAGAUGAAAUCAUGGAGAGAGAUGUGAGAGAAGGUUCAAGAGAGUGGAUGAGGCAACGAGUGGAGGUUCAAGAGGCUGCCUGCGAUGUAGAACUUUCUAUUUUCUCCUUCUUGGUCGAGGAGUUCUCUCUCGAGCUUGUCUUUCGUCCAUAACUCAAUUAAUCCAUCAACUACCAAAGGUAUGUAUAUAAUAUCUCAAAUAUAUAUAUAAUAUUCUAGAAUGAUAAAAUGAAAUACUUUUGCUA